AAUGGCAGGCAAAGAAUUUCCUCGCGGUGGUAAGCACUUGCUUACUCCCUUAGAGGUUCGCAGUGUCAGAGAACAAGCAGAAAGAGAUGUUCUGUUUGGUGGAGAAUCAACGAAUGCCUUUUCACAUUCUGAAGAGGUGGCAGAAAAGAAAGACCUAAGAAAGAGUAGUGGAAGGAAGAGAAAGCUUGGAGCUGCUGAGAGUCCGCAGCAAGUCAAGAGGAGCAGGAAGCACGGAGACACUCUGUCAUUCAAGAAGUUGCAGGUUGGGUGUUUGCUGCUUGGUGCUGUGAGGGAAGUUGGUGAGCACGAUGUUACAGUCAGCUUGCCUGCGGGACUUAGUGGAUUUAUUCAUGCUUCGGAUAUUUCUACUACUUUUUCUGAUCGAUUGCAACAAGCCAGAGACAAAGCUGCAACUGUGGAGCAGAUAAAUGACAAAGAUGAUGAUAAUGAUGAAGAGAUUGAAGAUGACGUCCCCAACUUUUCGGAUAUAUUGAAUGUAGGAAGCUUGGUUCGAUGCUAUGUUCAGAAUAUAAAGUCAUCUCCCAAUAAACAUCAUAGAAUUCAACUAUCUACGGAACCCGGGCUUGUCAACUCAAUGUUAAAGUCCUCCUGUGUUCAAGAAGGUCUUGUUCUAUCAGGAUGUGUCACAAGUGUGGAAGAACAUGGAUACAUAAUGUCAUUUGGCAUUGAGGGACGAAAUGGAUUUCUGCAAAAUAGACAUGCUAAGAAGUACAUCAAGGAUAAGAAUGGUGGGAAGCCAUUGUGCGUUGGUCAAGUUGUUGACUGUUGUGUCCUUUCAUUUGAGCCUUGUGAACUGAAGACAGUGCCGGUCACUGUCAAUAGUGAUGAAGUCAACAAGACAGUUAUGACUGCGAAAAUGAUGUUGAGUAUGACAAUGCUUACACCUGGAAUGUUAGUCAAUGCAACAAUUACAGAGGUUUUUGUUGAUGGGCUCGCUGUGUCAUUUUUGGGUGGAUUUACUGGUUUUGUUAGUAAUGACCAUCUGUCAGGUGGACACAUUUCAACAGACUGUUACAAGCAAUCACAGAAGUUGAAGGCUAGGAUCAUGUACAUUAAUUUUGCAACUAAAACAGUUGGUCUCAGUUUGAAGAAGUCUAUUGUAGAGAACAAGCCUGAGACAUUUGAGGAAUUGUCAGUUGGUGAUAUUGUUGAAGAGGCAGUAGUGUUGAGGAUUAGCUCAGAUGUGGGACUUCUGAUGCAAUUGAAUGAAUUCCACAAAGGAUUCGUACACAUUUCUCGUGUAUCUGACAAUCACACUGAAAAACUGCAAGCAAAGAAAUACAAAGUUAAUUCAACUCACAGAUGUCGUAUACUGGGUUUCAAUACAUUUGAUGGCUUGGCUACACUCUCAAUGCAAAAGUCUGUUUUAGAAAAGGCUUUCUUGAGAUAUGCAGAUAUUGCAGUUGGCUCUGUCAUUACUGGCAUUGUUCAGUCCAUUGAAUCGUCUGGUGUUCUUGUUUCGAUAACUGAUCAUAUUUGUGGUUUAUGUCCACUGAUGCACUUGGCUGAUGUAAAACUAAAGAAUCCAGAGAGAAAAUUUAAGGAGAAGAAGAUGAUGAAAUUUAGAGUGUUAGAGGUUAAUCCUUCUCGCCACAAGCUCAUCCUGACUCACAAAAAGACUUUGCUUCGGUCACAACUUCCAACGUUGGCAUGCAAGGAAGAUGCUGUAAUUGGUGGCAUCUACCAUGGCACUAUAGUUUCUGUGAGGCAUUAUGGUUGUAUUGUGGCUUUCUAUGGUGAUGUCAAGGGGUUACUCCACAAAACAGAGAUUGGGUCUCAUACUAUAGAGGAUCCCGCUAAGGUCUUCUACAUUGGUCAAGUUGUACAGUGUCGAAUCAUCUCUAUGGAUUAUGGCAAGUUGAGACUUUCUCUAAGAGGAGCUACUAUUAUGGCAAAGACGGGCAUCACAAGCACUUCAGCCAUUUCCAAGGCAUUAGUUGGAAGUGCAGUUGACAUUAAAGCAGGAACGAUUGUUGAAGCUGCUCUUGCAGGUGUUUCUGCUGAAGGGCUUGAUGUUGUCAUUGUUCCUGAAGGCAUUCCAGGAUUCAUUCCUGCUUAUCAUUUGUCGGAUCAUUGUGACCACUGGCAUCCCAUCUUGACUUCAUAUGGUCAAAGAUUAGAGGCAGCAAGAGGAAAGCAGGAGAUGGUUAAAGCAGUCGUUACUGGAAAAGAUCAAGGAAGCCUCUUGAUUCUUUCAAUGAAGCCAAUUCUGAUGACUCCUCAAGCUAUUCAACAUGCUCAAUCCCUGAAUUUUUCAGAUCUGAAGAUUGGUUUCGUUAUGGCCGGGUUUAUCAAGCAGAUUAUGCCUUUUGGCUGCUUUGUCAGCUUUCCUGGUCGUCUAGUUGGUUUGGCUCCUGUUCGAGAUUUGACUGACAAGUUUCUAAACUCACCAAGCGAUGCUUUCAAAGUUGGCCAGUCUGUUUAUGCCAAGGUCACUGAAAUAGAAACUACCAAGCAUCGUUUUCUAUUGUCAUUGAAGAGGACAGAUGUUCAGAGUCGCAAGGGAGAUCCUCUUUCUGCCAUACAGCAUGUCAACUCUUAUUUGCUUGAGAGGCAUGUGAUUGAUGAUUCCACUUUGCAACUGCAAGGUGUCACAAACAGGUUAAGUUCUGCAAUUUUAAUAUAUGUAAGAGUGUGGUUUACAGACACUGCAAGCUUGUUCAGCAGUAUUUCAUGGGGAACUGUGGUGAGAGGCAAGAUAAUUUCCAAGACAGCUUUUGGUCUUUACCUGGAAUUGGAUGUUUCUCCAGUAAAGACAUUUGUACCACCUGGUCAUUAUGAUGAUAACUUGAAGGUCAAAGAAUGGGUUACUGGAGUUGUAUUGGACAGAGACUGUCAAAGAAGGGUUGUUGAUGUGAGUUUGAAACAUGGUCUGGUGAGCGUUUUUGGUCAAGCAAGUACAACACAAGAAAGUGAUUUGUUUGAAGGUGGACUUGUUGAUGUUUGUAUUGAACUCAUCAAGCCAGAUUACAUUAUCUUGUCACUUCAAGGCAGCAGUUCCAGGCUAUUGAUAGCACCAACCAAAGCUCAUGUCAAUGAUGUACUAUCUUUACUUCCGGCAUCUCAGCGAUAUUCUGUUGGUGACACCCUGAAGGCAACUGUAGAACAAAUUCCAGAUUUAGCUUCACAAGGAAUAGCUUCUCUUCCUGUUGUCUCACUGCAUCCUGUUUUGAUGUCUACUGCACAAGGAGCAAAUGAUUUGAAGAUAGAAACAAUAGUCAAUGCAAAAAUUUUGUCUAUUAAAGACAUUCAGAUGAAUAUGGAAGUUAUGCAAGGUUGCCAUGGUCGAGUUCAUAUAACUGAAAUGCAAGACAGUGUUCAACCAGGUGACAAACCUUUUCUUGGCUAUUGUGUUAGCCAAGUAGUGAAAGCUGUGGUUAUUGGAUUUAGAAACAGCAAGAGUUACAAGUAUUUACCAAUAAGUCAUCAUAAUUCCAAGCAUACAGUUGUGGAAUUGUCCUUAAAGCCAAGUCGAAUUAAUACUGCACUAUCUGAACAAAGAAAUGGAGAAAAAUGUAAUAUGCUAUCACCUAAGACUUAUUUGAAAGAUUUGACAGAAGGAGACGCUGUCACUGGAUUUGUUUAUGAGAUUGACAAAGUUGGCCUGACAGUUGCUCUCACACCUACUGUACGGGGUAGUGUUGCAGCAGUACAUACAUCAAGAGAGAUCUCUGUAGCGAAGAAGCUCAGAAGGCACUUCUGUCCCGGUCAAUGUUUGAGUUUUUCCGUGCUAGAAACGAUGAUCUCAAAAAAAUUUGUGGAGUUGUCACUGAUUGGUUCACUGGAGGAAAUCAAACACCUGACGGAAGUUGGAAGUGUUGGUAUUGGGCGUGUUGUCAAGCACAUUGCCAGUAAAGGACUGCAUGUUCAACUUCCUGGGAGAAAACUAGGACUAGUAGCUCUUACUGAUAUUGGAGAUGACUACAGAUUGAUAUCUAUUACAACUAUUCAAGAAAAUGCACUAGUCAGGUAUGUUGUGUUGAACGUAAAUCUUGAUCACAUUGACUUGUCUCUGCGACAAUCACAUGUGCAAUCAGCUGAAGGUGUUGAUCCAUCUAAAUUACCUGAGGUCACUGAUAGAGAGAUCCAGUCACUGGAAGACAUUACUGAAGGAGAUAUCAUACGAGGCUUUGUUGUCUCUGUAGCUCAAAGAGGUGGAGUUUUUAUUCGAUAUUCAAGGCAUCUAACAGCACGUGCUAAAAUCACAAACUUGUUUGAUGGUUACUUCAAGAACUGGGACACACACUUCCAGAUUGGUCAAGUUGUCAAGAUGAAAGUGUUAAGUAUAGAUGAACAGUCUGGCCAAGUUGAUGUCUCAUUGCGUUUGUCAGACGUUGAUCCUGUAGCAGCUGCAAAGCAUCGUAAAGAACGAGCACUUAAACGGAAGCGGAAACUGUCAGACACAGACGUACUUGUUAGAAAGAAGAAACCAAAACUUUCUGGUUAUGGAGACAGUGGGAAUGAAACUGGAGAUGAUGAAAUGAGUAAGAUCAUGAGUCACCAUGCGGUUGUAAUGGCAAGUGAAAAGGAGAGUGAAGAUGAAGGUGACUGGAGUUCAGACAAUGAUACUGAUGUUGUUAAAUCGGAACAUGGCCUUUCAUUUGCGUCUGACAAGCCUAGAUUAAAGCUCUCCAGUGAAUUUGACUGGAGUGAAAAAUCUUCAACAACUGCAACACCUCUCAGCAAAGCAAUGGAGAGCAGUGAUGAGGAAGUUGAAGAAGUACAAGAGACUGGCAGAAAAAAAACAAAGCGGCAAAAAAGGGCUGACAAAAGGCAAGAUGAAAAGAAAGUUUAUCAGACUGAACAAUCUUUACUUCAACAUGGCGUCAUACCAGAGACUCCUGAUGAUUUUGAUAGACUAUUGUUGUCAAGUCCUAACAGCUCAGUGUUAUGGCUACAAUACAUGGCAUAUUAUCUUCAUUUGACAGAGAUUGACAAGGCCAGGGGAGUAGCUGAGAGAGCUCUCAAGACAAUGUCAUUCAGAGAAGAGAAAGAAAAGCUGAAUGUUUGGACUGCUUUCAUGAACUUGGAAAACUUGUAUGGAACAGAGGAAUCGCUUUUGAAAGUAUUUGAAGAGGCACUGCAGCAAAAUGAACCUGUUGUCAUAUUUUUUAAGCUGAUCAACAUCUACAUCCAGUCUAGGAAAUUUGAUUGUGUGGAGCAGCUGUACAGUCAGAUGACAAAACGUUUCAGUGCAAACAAAGAUGUUUGGGUGAAGUUUGGCCUUUUCAGAAUGAAGCAAGGGCAAAUAGAAGCUGCAAGGAAGCUUCUGCAGAGGAGUCUGAAAGUGCUACCAAAAAAGGAACAUAUUGAUGUUAUCGUGAAAUUUGCUCAACUGGAGUUUAAGUUUGGUGAACCUGAACGUGGGAGGACAGUGUUUGAGAGUGUGUUAAGUAACUAUCCAAAGCGAGUGGAUCUUUGGUCUGUUUAUAUUGAUAUGGCGCUGAGAGUUGGAGAACCACAAGAAGUCAGAGAUCUACUUGAACGUGUCAUCUGUCUAACCCUUUCUACAAAGAAAAUGAAGUUUUUCUUCAAGCGAUACUUGGAAUUUGAACAAAAGCAUGGUGAUGAAGACAGUGUAACUGCAGUGAAGCAGAAAGCAAUAGAUUAUGUCGAAUCUAAGAUAUCACAAACUUAGUGAUGAAAUAUAAUACUUAGAUUACCUGUGCAAAAUAGACUUUAUAAUGCACUA